GAAGAUGCAUGUCUAACAGAGAUCAGUAACAUGUAGAUUAACAUAUCAAGCAUGCAAGAAUAGUUGCUGUCAUUUGAAUUACUGUAUGCUGCUGAGAAUGAGUGUCCUUGUAUUGUGUAUGAGCUGCCUGUGUCUAUGGCUGGGGAAGCUCAGUGUACUGGUGUCUGCAGACUAUGUGGUGCAAGUGGAGAUGGUAUCUUUCAGUCAUCCAUCCAACAGGCGCUCAGGCGGUCAAUGUUGUGAUCCAGCCAACAAUGGUGUAGGAUGUACCCUUGGGGAGCGCUGUGACACCUUCUUUGCCUACUGCCUGAUGCCACGUAGCAGUACUGCUAUAGUGUGUCCCAGUAAUCCCCCCGGAUUUCUUGCAUAUAGUUUACGUGCCACCAAUAUCACUGACGGGGCUGACAUUGAUUUCUCACAAUCUACUGUACUAGGACUCUCUAAUCCAUUCAAUCUGACUGGAAAAACGACAGCCUGGGAGGGAGCUCAUCAGCUUUACAUACGAGUGCUUGAUCUUGAUAGCAUUAGACCAUUUCGCUUUGAUCGUAUUAUAACGUAUCGAUUUGAUCUGAGUCUCUCAGUGGGAUUGACAACCACAGCAUUUGCCUCAUCAGAUACCGCUAAUAUCGCUGUGAGUACUACUGUGUUGUGUGCUCCAUUCUUCAUUGGAAGCAGUUGUCAGUUUUUCAAUUACUGUCAGUCCAAUGCUGUUACAUGCAGUGACAGAGGAACAUGUGUGAAUGAAAUGGACAGUUUCACUUGCAACUGUAACCCUCCCUACUUUGGUACAAACUGUGAGCAUCAAAACUUUUGCUACAACAGAUAUUGCAACGAAAGAGGAAUGUGUACUAAUAACCUUGAUUCCUACACCUGUGUCUGCAAUGCUGGCUAUACUGGUGCUGAUUGUGAGAACUGUGAAGGGCAGAGUUGCAGUGGAAAUGGUGUCUGUAUGGAUGAGGUCAACUCUUAUACCUGUGUCUGCAAUGCUGGCUAUAUAUACUGGUGCUGAUUGUGAGGUGGAUAUUGAUGAGUGUUUGCUAAUGGAGACAGUGUGCAGUGGCCAUGGCAACUGCUCUCAUGGAACAGCCACCUUCACCUGCUCAUGUGAUCCUGGCUACACUGGACAGAGAUGUGAGACUGACAUUGAUGAUUGUGUGAACGUAAACUGCAGUGGACAAGGCAACUGUACUGACAGAGUUAACGACUUUAAUUGUGAUUGUUUCCCUGGUUACACUGAUGCAAUUUGCCAGACUGAAAUUGAUGACUGUGAUGGAAUAAACUGUAGUGGCAAUGGUGGUUGUGUUGACAUGGUGAACAUGUUCCUAUGUGACUGUGAACCUGGCUACACUGGUACUGAUUGUGAGACCAACAUUGAUGAUUGUGUGAAUAGGAACUGCAGUGGAAAUGGUGUGUGUGUGGAUGGUGUCAACUCGUUCAGUUGUGAGUGUAUGUCUGGCUUCACUGGAGAGAUGUGCAACACCACUUCAGAAGAGUUGAAUGGUGGUCCAGGGGAUCUGAUAGGAGGAGUGGUGGGAGGUCUUCUAGUGCUGAUGCUGAUACUCCUGCUCCUGAUAGUGAUUGUGGUGGUGUGUGUACGAAGAGCUCAUGAUCAGGGGAAGACUAUUCAAGACAUUCAGUUGCAGGCUGGAGACAACCCAGUGUAUGGGAUUCCUGAGAACAGAACAAAUACCAUGCAUCACUUUAGAAACAGCAGAGUUUGACAACCUGAUAUAUGGCAGCCUGGAAUCACUCAACAAUGCAGAACUAGUCAAUCCAAUUUAUGGAGACGCAGAUUUUGAAGAUGCACCGGCUUAUGAAUUGGCCCCUGCAGUAUCAGACUAUGAGACACCUGUAGCACGCAGAGCUCAGGGGAAGACCAUUCAAGACACUC